AAUGACAAUUUUGUUUGACAGGCAUGGUGUGGUGUGGGGGCAUGGCGUAGGUAGGGCAAUGAAAUAAUCAGUCAGUGUCUUACCUAGUUGGUAAUUUUAGUCGGGAUUUUUUGGGUUUCUAUUCACCACUGAAAUUUUUUUAUAGUAUAUAUUUUCAAUGGAGGAAAGUAACACGGCCCAAUCUAAUGAAUAUCAAAGGGAUAACGAGGACAAACAUGGAAAGAAAAAGGGCAAAAACAAGAAAAAGCGCAGCGGUGGCGACGGCGACCACGGGGUUUCUGGAACUUCCGAUAGCUUAACUUCUAAUGCAGGUGACGUUCAUCAGAAUAUAUCCCUAAAGGAUUUGAAGAUGGCUAUGGAAGUUUUAAAUUUUCAACAAAAACCAGCGAAGACUACGGAGGAAGCUUUACACAAAUCUUAUCAAUUUUGGUCAACCCAACCUGUACCGAAAAUGGAUGAAAAAAUUGUUUCCAACGAACCUAUAGAACCACCAAAAGCUCCUGAAGAUAUUAGGGCUGAACCAUAUACUUUGCCUGAUGGUUUCCGAUGGGACACUCUUAACCUAAAUGAACCCCUUGUACUCAAAGAACUUUAUACAUUGCUCAAUGAGAAUUAUGUUGAAGAUGAUGAUUGUAUGUUUCGAUUUGACUACCAAACAGAUUUUCUCAAGUGGGCUCUCCAGCCUCCUGGAUGGAGAAUGGAAUGGCACUGUGGAGUGCGUGUUGUGAAAUCAGGAAGACUGGUUGGAUUUAUAUCUGCUACCCCUGCUGAAUUGAGAAUAUAUGACCAUGUACAAACUGUAGUAGAAAUCAAUUUCUUAUGUGUUCAUAAAAAGCUUCGCUCCAAGAGAGUAGCUCCAGUGCUCAUCAGGGAAAUUACUCGGAGAGUUAAUUUAACUGGAAUAUUUCAAGGAGUAUAUACUGCGGGUAUUGUGCUACCUAAGCCAGUGGCAACAUGUCGUUAUUGGCACAGAUCUCUUAAUCCAAAGAAACUGAUUGACAUCAAAUUUAGUCACUUAUCCAGAAACAUGACUAUGCAAAGAACUCUCAAAUUGUAUAAACUCCCUGAUGUGCCCAAGACUCCAGGAUUCCGAAAGAUGGAAGUUCAGGAUUGUGAAAAAGUGGUAAAAUUAUUAAAUGAGUACAUGAAAAAGUUUGAUUUGGCACCUGUUUUUUCAGAGGAAGGUUUCAAACAUUGGUUUAUUCCCCAAUCUGGUAUUAUUGAUAGCUUUGUUGUUGAAGCUCUUGAUGGUUCAAUCACUGAUUUUGUGAGUUACUAUACAUUACCAUCAACAGUUGUAUAUCACCCAACUCACAAAACCCUCAAGGCUGCAUAUUCAUUUUACAAUGUCUCUACCAAAACUGCUUGGACUGAAUUAAUGCUUGAUGCUUUGAUUACUGCAAAAAAUUCAGGAUUUGAUGUAUUUAAUGCCUUGGAUUUGAUGGAUAACAAAGAAUUUUUAGAACCAUUAAAAUUUGGUAUUGGUGAUGGAAACUUGCAAUACUAUUUGUAUAAUUGGAGAUGUCCAACUAUGACACCAAAUAAAAUUGGCCUAGUGCUUCAGUGACUUUUUGUUUAAUGGAAUGUUGAUAAACAUUUUGUAUAAGGUAGAACCAAGGGUUUUUGUCACUGUAAAUUUGUUUUUGAUGUUUGGAAAAUAAAGACAUAGUUCACUACAUACAAUUUCUUUAAUGCACUUGUUUAAUUUUAUAAACAGUAAUAAAAAUAUGUAUAAUAUUUAA